GAAGUCGUUUCCGCGACAUUUAAGCACGCGUAUUUAUAUUAUACAAUAAGCUCUUAAAACUAUAUUUUAUCAUCGCCGUUAUAUGUAAAUGCGCAAGUCGUGUUCAAACAGUCACUCGAAUACUCUUUGGUCACUCGCGCGCAUCCGUACCGUCCUAACAUCACUGUCUUAAAAAAAAAGAAAAUUUAAAAAAAUGUGAACGUUGCACCAACGAAGUACGUGUACCUAGGACAACUCGCAAGGAAAUCCCGCCAACAUGUCUCGGACAUUCACCAUUGAGCCGGUAGAGCAGGGAGAUGUGGAAGACAUCAUGAAAAUUCUCAAAAAGACGUUCUACGUGGACGAACCACUCAACUCAGCAGUGGGCCUCAUAUCUUCAGAAAACGAAACGUGUACAGAGCUGGAUGAGUAUUGCAGCCACUCGCUUAUAGAAGGCCUGUCCUUCAAGGCUGUGGACUCUGAGCAUAAUAUAGUUGGGGUUAUGAUCAGUGGUGUGCUGCCUUUGAAAGAGGAAGACGACGGCAACGAUCUACUAAGCCAAGCGAAACGCUGCAAGAACCCAAAGUUCAAAAAGAUCCUCUACAUCCUGGCACAAAGGGAGACGGGAGCCAAGCUCUGGGAGAAGUUCCCUGAGGAGCAGAGGCUGGUAGAAGUCAAAGUGGCGGCGACAGACCCUGGGUGGAGGCGGCUGGGUAUCAUGAACGACUUGCUUAAUACCACUGAACAAGCAACAGCACAAAGGAACAUCAGGCUCAUACGAAUGGACACGUCCAGCGCCUACUCUGCCAAGUCAGCCGAAAGGUUCGGCUUCACCUGUGUGUACAAGGCUUUAUACAAGGACAUCAAGAUGGACGGACGGCCGAUCAUCGUGCCGGAACCUCCGCAUGUGGAGGACAGGGUUUAUAUUAAAAAUUUGUUUGACUGAUUGUGUUUUGUCGCAGUUUUGGUACGCUUGGACGUUUGAAUAGAAUGAUCGUGAUGCUGAUGCAUCAUCAUCAUAAUGUUAAAAAUAAACGUAGUUUAGGCAAUGGUCCCAGCAAAAGCGAGUAAGCUAAAAACUAUCGGCGAUAGAAAGGAACAAAAGAUAGUCGCUCCCGUGUAACUAAAAGAGAGAGAGAGAGCGAUUUGUAGUUCAUGGCUCGGCGACGAACUAUGUAUACCUCGCCCGCGCUAUCAUCGCAUCUCUUUUAUUUACACGGGAGUGACUACUUAUUGUUCCUUUUUAUAGCCGAUAGCUUACUGGUGCUUCUGGUGGGACCAGUGCCUUAAGUAUUUUGUUUCGGGUGUGAGGAAAAGCGAUACCCUACUAGUGUUUUUCUUAGCCUGUCUAGAAUAUUAAAACAAAGAAAUAAACUGUCAUGUGCCAAACCGACUAAGAUAACACUAUUACAGCCUGGCAAAUAGAGUAACCAACAAUAGGGGCGCCACCGUCUACGUAAACCGUUUUGCAUGUGGCAAUUGUUGAGUCACUUUUGUAUGGAAAACGUAAGUGUUGCUAUGAUAAACAAAAUUGUUCCAUUUCUACUCUUUUUUUGUCAAGCUACAUCUGGGGGAAUCAACUAUUUCUUGCCUGUUAUUGCCAUGGUUAUGGUCCCCUGAGUCAUGCUGAUUUCAUGCAAAAUUAUGCUACUUAAACUAUGCAGACAUUUAUUUUUCUGGUGUUAACAAGCACUUUCCUUAAUUUGCCACCUACAAACAUGGACUACAUGCAUGCUUGCAUAAUUUCCAGCGUGACUCAGGGGACCGUAACCAAUGGCAAUAACAGGCAAGAAAAAGUUGAUUCACCCAUAUACACUAUUGGCCAACGCCACUGUGAACCAAGAAAGACAUGUACAAAUAGACAUCACAUUGGAAUCUAUAAAAAUUUUACCUAAACAGGUAGGUACUGUGAAUAUUCAGGAAGUAUUUUAGUUUAGUUUAAUGUACUUAAAUGAGAAAAUAGUCAUUAAAUACAUAAUGUUAAGGUUAGCUCUAAGAAAUUAAUUAGAUCAAAUUAAAACAUGACAAAAA